AAAAAAAAAGAAAAGAGGGGCCGCUGAGGUACGAGGGGAGGAGCCGCCCCUGCCACCGUCGCCGCCAUCGCCGCUGCUGCUGUAGAUGAGCAUGUCUGCAACUCCAGCCAAGAAAGUGAAGAUGGCCACCAAAUCGUGCCCCGAGUGCGACCAACAGGUUCCUGUUGCAUGUAAAUCGUGUCCUUGUGGUUAUAUAUUUAUUAGCAGAAAACUUUUAAAUGCAAAACACCCAGAGAAAUCACCACCUUCUACAGAAAACAAGCAUGAGGCCAAGAGAAGGCGAACAGAGAGAGUUAGGCAAGAGAAGAUAAAUUCUACAGUAAAUAAGGAUUUAGAAAACAGAAAGAGGUCUCGAAGUAACAGCCAUUCAGAUCCUAUCAGACGAGGAAGAGGAAGACCUAAAACUGCAUCUGCCAAAAAACAUGAGGAAGAAAGAGAGAAACAGGAAAAGGAAAUUGACAUCUAUGCUAACCUCUCUGAUGAAAAGGCUUUCGUGUUCUCAGUCGCCUUGGCAGAAAUAAAUAGAAAAAUUAUCAAUCAAAGACUUAUUCUCUGAUAUUUGUCUGCAAAAUAUGUUGAUACUGUCUUCAAGAUUACAUCAGCAAAUUCUCAAACAGUUGUGGACUCUCAGGAGCAUUCUGACUGCAUCAAUAAGGGCCAUUGAUUGUUUUUUUUCCCCUGUCAUUUAGCCUGUGCCACACUUUGGGAGCAAAGCUGUAGGCUUGGACUGUUCUGGGAUUUCCUUGUUUACCAAGGAGUAUUGUCAGUGUUUUGUGUUUGGGAUGUAAGUAUAUUUACCAAAAACAAAAAAAUAAACAAAAAACAAUGGAUGGCUGUUAAAGGAUAAAGGAAUAGAGAUGGGAGUGGAAGAAUGAAAACUAGGGAAAUAAAAUGCUUGAUAGUUUUCAGGUUUGCCACCAGAGAUGCAAUAUUUUAAGUACUUUGAGAAAGA